AUGGAGCCAAGCGCUCCAGCGGCCGUGUCCUUGUCCACCAAUUCCACAUACUACAGCAUGUCAGCACCCAAGGUGGAGCUGCUGAUCAAGAAGGACCUGCAGGAGCAGCAGCAGCCCGAGGAGGACACGGGGAGUGACCUGGACCUCGACCUGUCUGUGAAGAAGCAGGAGCUCAUCGACAGCAUCGGCCGCAAGCUGCAGGUGCUGCGGGGCGCGCGGGAGAGCCUGCUGGAGGACAUCCAGGCCAACAGCGCCCUCGAGGACGAGGUGGAGGCCAUCGUCAAGGACGUGUGCAAGCCGAACGAGUUCGACAAGUUCCGCAUGUUCAUCGGGCACCUGGACAAGGUGGUGAACCUGCUGCUGUCCCUGUCGGGGCGCCUGGCCCGCAUGGAGAACGCCCUCAACAACCUGGACGACAGCGCGUCACCUGGCGAUCGGCAAUCGCUGCUUGAGAAGCAGCGGGUCCUCAUCCAGCAGCACGAGGACGCCAAGGAGCUCAAGGAGAACCUGGACCGCCGGGAGCGCGUGGUGCUGGACAUCCUGGCCAGCUACCUGAGCGACGAGAGCCUGGCCGACUACGAGCACUUCGUCAAGAUGAAGUCAGCCCUCAUCAUCGAGCAGCGGGAGCUGGAGGACAAGAUCCACCUGGGCGAGGAGCAGCUCAAGUGCCUGGUGGACAGCCUGCAGCCCGACAGGAGCAAGUGAGGGCCUCCGGGCGGAGCCGGCCUGCGCCGCCCUGGCAGCGGACCCCAGCCUGGCCGGUGGCCCCAGUGAGAACCCUCUCAGAGCGACGUGGCUGUUUGAAAAGCGAUAACUCGUGUUUGUCUGGGGUGACACGUUGGGUGUUUAGUUUCCCUUUGGAUGCUGAGCAGAGUGGCUCCCCGGGGGGUGUUGUCCUUCACAAGGAGCCCCAUGGGGCACGGGCCCCGGUGGCUGGCGAGCUUCUGCCCCGGAGCCCGCAGGCUGUCCCGUCCCGCAUGCAAGGGCCCCUUGGCAGCGAUCGCUCUGGCCUCCUGCGUCUCCCGCUGCCACACCAGCCAUUGGGCAGCGCUCAGCGAGUCCCCGGGGUGCACAAGAGAGGACACCCGGCUCACGUCUUCUCUUGUGAUCCACGAGGGGUGUGGCCUGCCACGUUUAUCCGUGUCUGUCCAGUGCUGUUAGCUUUCACUGUCGUUCAUACAAUGUGCUCUCUGACCCGGCACAAACCUGUGAUGAUGAUGAUAGUGAUAAUUUAUUAACAUAGUUUUCAAGUGGUUAGAGACCAACUGUGAAAUGCAUAGCCUUUGUGUUGGGUCGCUCAUUAAAAGUCGUGUGCAUGCUUUCAAACCCACGCACCAAGCGGACGGCUUCAGUCCGUCUCACCUGGCGGCGCGGGUCAGGCGUGUUCCCGCAACGUGAAAUGCCUGGUCACAGGUGUGUGCGGUAGUCCUGUGUUUGCUAGGUGUUUCCUGAGACCAGUGGACCGUUCUUAGAUCACUUUCUCCCCAAGCAUUUGUGUCGUGUGCAUAUGGUCAUCCAUGGGAAGUGGCUCCUUUCCUCGGUUUGCCUCUUGCAACCUGUCAGCAUGCCCCGAAGGCCCAUCCGGUUUCCCAAGAGCCCGCCUCCGGGCUUCCGGGGGUCCCUCUCCAGCUUUGCCACAGAGAUGACCGGUUCAGGGCCCUUUUUAUUGAUUGACAUUGCAAGAUUCUGAAGAGUCUGUUCACUUAAAAA